UUCCCUGUGUUGUUGAGUUCUCGCAAGAGCUCUUUCAACACCCUUUAGUCCAGAGAGGGUUACGGAGCAGCCCAUUACUUUAUCAGCUCUGUGGUAAAGAGCCAACCAUGAUGGGCAAAGUGCUAGUCCUGCUGUGGACGUCAGCUACGCUGGUGACUUCAGUCACGGUGGAUGAAAGCAAGAAGACACUGACAAAUGUCCCUGCUUCCUACGCUUCAAACAUUACCAAGCUUAGGCUUGCCUAUAACCUUAUUGUGAUGAACAGUUCGGAUACACAAGCCCUGAGUCACUACCCUAACCUAACAGAGCUGGACCUCUCAUACAACCACAUAGCCCAGUUGUCUGGAGAGGCUUUCCCUAGCCUCAGCAGCCUGCACUUGCUCAUUCUGAAAGGGAAUAAUUUGCAAACAGUGAGAAAUGAAUCCUUUGCUGGGCUGGGGAAACUCAGGAGGCUGGAUCUCGGAAAGAACCCAUGGAACUGUUCCUGCCUGUUUGUGAGCUUCAUGAAGUGGAUGAACAAUUCUGGAGUGCGGACAGAAGGACCAGAUGCUGUCUGUGCUACUCCAAAGAACAUGGCUGGCAAAAGCAUUCUAGAUGUGGCCAAUGCAUGCUCAUUCAAGAAACCAGCACUGCCAGUGACUUCAGACCCAGUCACUAGUACAACGGCUGUUAUAACUCCUACCUCAACAGCUUUUACCAGGGGCCAAAGAACAACAUAUGUGGAAUCAAACACAGCAGCCAACCACAACAUUUCAAACAAAGAUUCUUUGGCAGCAGGCAGCAGAAAUGGGCAGCAGGAGCCUGUAGUGAGCAACACCUGGAAGUUCCUCGCUGGAGUGGUACUCAUUGCUCUCUGCACAUCCAUGUUCAUCAUAUGUGCCAUCAAAUCCCCCUCCUGGUACAAGCUGCUCUUUGACUACCGCCACCAGAGGCUGCAUGAGUUAGACGAGCCCAGCAACACGGGCCGGUACUUCAACUUCAGCCUGGACACAGAGCAGACUGAGACCAGCGCCCAAGAGCUGGACCAAGACCCCAAAGCCCCGUCACCCGAGGACGAGGAUGGUUUUAUAGAGGACGGCUACAUCCAAGCCGAGAAUUACAAAGACCAUGAUGACAUUGAUGAAAUAUAAACUCUGGUAUGGGCUCAUGAAGCCUUUCUUUUCUAGUGUGCUGAUUAACUAAGUUAGUGAAAGGCAGGACUCUAGCCUCUUUCACAAACCAUAUAAAUCCUUGAUGUCACUCGACAGAUGUCUUUCAUAGUGCAACAUACACUACACUGUGUAUGUGCUUUCUCCCAAAUUAAGCUUCUCUAUCACAGACUGAUAGCUAAGCUUGCAGCAAAGCCGACUGCCGCCACAGGCUUAAUAGACUCUGAAGCGAACCUUUCAUCACUUGUUGGCAAGAGGUGGUUUCCUCCAUGACUGCAGGCUUCCACCCCAUUUGUCUUACUGCCAAAAUCUUUCAGCCUCUCAGAUUUAAAUUUUUUGUUUAAGUCUGGUAGAUUCACAGAGGACGAGGUAGACUUGGUCUACAAAGCAGAGCCAUUUUCCAAAUGGAGACCCACAUGCAGUGUCAAGAACACAUGAAUACAAAAAUUAAAGUGAUGCAAGACAGCAAAUCAGCUGUAAAUCAUCAUUUGUUUUCCUGGUGCAUUUGUAUCGUUCAUGUUCCCUAGCACUGCCUAACAGACACAAGUGUUGCAUUAAGGACAGUCACUCUGUGGUUCCUGUGCUUCUUGUUUAAAACACAGCAUGUAUUGUCAGUGUUAAACUUGGUGGACAACUGUAUUAACAAUGAACUUUAAUUGUGAACAACAAUGAGCAAAUUAGGUGAUCUGUGAUUCAUAAAGAGGCACUACAUGAUUUGAAGUUAGUAAAUAAACAACUAAUAAAAUAUAAAUGUUGAAAACAGGGUGCUGCCUGUUUUCUGUGCAAAACAGUAACUAUGUCUCUUGUUUCUCAACAGCACAAUCAGUCAAAAAUGUCCAGUGAAGAGAUGUUGUACGUAGGGGAACAGUGAAAUCACUCCAGGGCCCUCUAGUGUACUAUAUCAGAAAUGCAUUAGCUGUUCAGAGAAUGAAGCAGCAAUAUGUUUAUGAGGAAGCACUUACUCUCUUCUUUCUGUGAAUAUCACAUCUAUGCUUUGGGCUUGUCUGUCAUUCUGUGCUUUCAGCUAAAAAUGUGGAGAGAAAUAUGAUGUGAAAAUAUUACUGAGAUAUUAAUUUGAAAACAAUAAGAUAUUACAAAAGUCAUACAAAAUAAAAAGAGAA